AUGCCAAGAAGCGCCCCCGAGGCUGCAGAAAGCCUCAUUAUCGCGCGUGAAGAUAAAGAUAUUGUAGCCACGGGUGCGGAGUUAGUUGCUUGAAAUUCAAAAUCUGAGAAGACUAUGCUUCAUAAAAGUUUCUGAAAAACCAGCAAGCGUCUAUGAAAGGAGAAAAAAGUGUACCGAAGAGAUUAGGCGUUGUUCUCGUUUUUCGUGCUUUCAGACCUAAACACUUUUUUUCUCCUUCAAAAAGCCCACCAAGGGAGGAUUAAACAACCGAUAGCUGUAGAAAAAAAUCGUUUUAGGCAAAAUUUAAUCUCUUAAAAAUUUUUUUAACAUUCUUGAUUUCUCCGGUUCUUCUACUUUUUCGAAGUCCUUUCAGUUUUUCCGAAAGAGCACUGACUGAUUUUUCCGAGAGCAUUUCAAAGCAAAGAUUCAGAUCAUCGCGCUAAAAUUUACGCAUUUUGAUCUUUCUUUUUGAACAGCGAGAUCAUCGUUUCCUAGAGCGGGAAUGUUUCUUUUCUGAAAAAAAAACUGAUGUUAAUAUCGUAAAUUAUAAAAAGCUGAUUUUCGAAUAAUUAAGAAGUGCUUGGUUUGUAUAAUUUUUCUUGUAUAUUUUAUGUUAUUUUGUACAUGAAAUCUACGUUUUUUUGGUGUUUAUCUGAAGAUAUCAAAAAAAUAAAAAUAGGGAUUUAUAAUUUCUGUUGAUAUUUCUUCUGUUCAGUCUCGGGCAUUUUUGUUAAUGUACAGUUUAACUCAAAUUGCAUUUUCGCUUUGCAGUACUCCUUGCGAUUUCUUUCCUUGUAAUCUUUCAAAUUUUUUCGAUUGAUUGUUUUUUUAAGCAGCUCGAUCGUCCAAGAUGUCAGGCUGGGAUGCUUACAUUGCGUCUAUAACCGGGGCUUCUCCGGCCAUCAAAAGAGCAGCCAUCGUCGGUACGGAUGGAAGUGUCUGGGCUCGUACGCAGGACGCUAAUGUUUUCCGUGUUCGUUUAUUUUCUUUUUGAUUUGAAAAAAAUAUUGUCUAAUGAGUGUCCAAUUUUUCAGGCCACGGAGCCGGAGCUUAAAGCCUUCGUUUCUCUAUUCGACAAUUUGAACGAAGUACCUUCGAAGGGAGUAGAUAUGGAGAAUACGCACUAUGUUGUUCCACGCACUGAAGAAAAUCUCAUUUUCGGGAAGAAAGACAAAUGCGGCUUUUUUGCUGUCAAAACUAAGAGUGGUGAGUUCAAAGUCGAUGCUAUAUGUGUCUUAAAAUACAUCAUGGUAUGGAUCGUGAAAUCUUUCAUAGUUUUUUUUUUCUCAAAGAAUGAAGGUUAUGUGUUGUUAUCUUCACUCUACUCAAAGAACCUAUGUUUUUGAAACGAUAAUCACGAAUCAGAAGCUUUUUUAAUGUUUUGGGAUCAGAAGCUCUUUUAAUUUUAAUGUUUUUAAAAUUCUAAAAUGUAAGUUUUUGAAGUGGUUUGUCUGAGAGAAGGCUGGUACCUUUUCGCCUUCAAAAGCGAAAAGUUUUGAUAAUUUUCCAUAAUUUUCCUUCAAUUUUUCAGUGGUAGUUGCUGGAGCAGGAAAAUUUUUAUCGGGUAGCCAAGUAUAACUUGAAUUUUAGGGGUGAAUAAGAUUUUAUCCAGAAGGAAUUUCUAUGAGUCAUGAACGCGCGAUAGGAAAAUAAUGUGCGGUUUCUAUACACUCGCUAGUUUUUUUUUUACACCGUUCAUCACUUUUCUUCAUGCGAAAAAAAAAACUAGAUUCUGAACCCGAAGUAAGGAUUAAUCAAACUAUUUUCAUCCAACAUCUAAAAUCUAACUAAGUCGGCGUACUGAGAAAAUCAGUCAAUUGUUCACUGUUUAAAAAAUGUAUCUCGUUGAAUAGAAUUUUUUUCUCAUUUGAGGCUUUUUUGUCAAUCAAAAUUUCGAAUAUUUUUUUUCAGCUAUUCUCAUUGCUGUCUACGAGGGGCCAAAUGAGGUGACUGCUCAGGUUCGUCGAGCGGUUGAAGACGUGGGCGGUUAUUUGAAGAACGCUGGUUACUAAAAACAACGGAGUUUUUUAUUAAAAGAUCAUGGCGCUUGAUGUCUUAUUCACGUUUAAUUAUUUUCAAUUUUCCCAUUCCUAUUUCCCUGUUUUUCUUUACGAGUAACUGCGGUUUUCGAGGAUCUUUUGUUGAAUUUAAGCCAUUCCAAGUGGCUCAAUUCGUUUGAGUGUUGGUGGGUAUGUUGCGAAGUGGUUUCUACGUUUUGUAUCUGCAGCAUAAUUAAUUUUUUUUUCAUAAUUGUUGACGGCACGCGUAUUUAAUAAAUUAAUUUCACUUUUUCAGUGUAAGGAAGAGCGUUAUCGAACACAAACUGUGUAUGGCUUUCAACUGAAUAUGAAAAGUGUGUAGAGAAAGUUUAGUUUAUGCUGAAAUUAGAAGCCUAUCUUCUUAAAGAGAAAAGUGAGAAAACGACGAGUUAACAAUAAAUAUUUAUUCAUCGAUUACAAUUUAUGACCAAGUUGCGAAGAAAUGGAAUUUUAAGAAUGAGAUUGCGAAGAUGAGCGUGUUGACUGCCAUCGACUGAAAUAGCAUUUUACAAGAUUUUAUCAUUUCUGAAAGGGGUGCUGGUGUGUAAAGUAGACGUCAUUUUCACUCUACGAUAUCUCAGUAGAAUAUUAGAAUAAUAAUUUGUUUUUUUGAAUGAAAAUGUUUUUUUAUGGCUUGCUGAAAUUAAUGUAUUCGUUGUAUAGUUUUGAAAAUGAACAUUUUCCUACAAAAAAAGAACUGAUGCGAUUAAAAAAAUCGAAUCAUUUCUCCUCUCUUUAAAAAAGUUUUGAGUAUGUAGAAAUGAAUACUUAAUAAAAGAGAUCACGUGGAAGAUUAGACCCCAAAAAGGGUAUAUAAGGGCCGAAAUUCCCAGAAGAUCAUUGAGCAACUCGACACCCGCUUCCUCCGGUCCCCGACUGCCGACUUCACCUCCGACUGCCCCAGUCGUCGGAGACGGGAUGCGGGUGCCGAGCUGUUCAAUGAUCUUCUGGGAACACCGUCGUUGGAGGUUGGCAGUAAGACCUAA